AUGCAACACCUAAUAAAAUGCUACAACGACACAUCGAAAAAUGUUGAUUUGAAUACCGCUAUAGCAACACUGGACUACGAAAAUAUAAAAAGCUUAAAAAAGUCACCACGUGAGGAUGAAUUCUUAGACGUUAUCUACUGGGCGAGACAGAUUUUUGGCAUUCUUUUAGGCAUAGUAUGGGGCAUUGUGCCAUUAAAGGGCUUCCUGGGAUUAGUACUAUUCGCUGGUAUCAGUUGUGGCAUUGUGUACAUUUAUUCCAUAAAUUUCCAAGGUAUUGAUGAGGAGGCUUACGGAGGCGCUUGGGAGCUGGUUAAAGAGGAUUUUAUGACGUCAUUUGCGGGUUUUCUUGUGACGUGGAUAAUUUUCUAUACUGGACUGCAUUAUGAUACUAUAAUGGCUGAGAAGGAGCUGUCAUAAAGCAGUUCCCAAAGUUAAGGAUUGCAGAUUUGUUUUAAACCAAAACACCACAGACUUAAGCACAUCAACAAAAUAUCUAUCGAAAAUAUCUAUUAAAAUUUUAUUCCAUUAUGAAUGCAAUAUGUUAAAAGCCAGUG